CCAUAAUGGUUUGAGAUGUGUAAUAAUCAUAAAAAACAAUACUCCAGCAAACGUCCCAGCUCUUGUUCCUCACCAGCCAAGCAUCUUACUUGGUGGUCUUCUUGGUAGUUGGUUAGUAUGCAGCAGGCGAGUGUGAUAAAGUGCAAAAAAUUAUCAUAAAAGUUUCCUCGUUAUCUCGUUACCUCCGUAUUUGCUCCUGUAUUCCUAUUGCGAACGAGACUUCUGCUGGUCUGGAAGUCAAGUUCAUGCGAACCCGUCGCUCGUCACUCUCACCUUUAUCAUCGUCUAGUCCCUUUAAUCUUCGAUAUAGAUUAACAUUAUAUAUACAUUUCCUUAUUAAGUAUUUCCUCAAAAUCUCAAUUUCCCCCAUUCAUGGCUUUGUAAAUCUCCUCCGUUCGGACUCGAAAAAUACCAAAAAUACCGACCAUGGAAGGAAGAAGGGUCCCAAAAUCUCUUUUUGUUCUUUUGACGUGUGGUCUAUUGGCGUUCGGAGCGCUGGUCAUGCUGGUGAGGAUGCCCAGACCUGAAGACCCCACAGAGGAGGACAGUAGUGACAGUCCAAUGCUCGCAGCCCUCACAGCAAAUUCGCCACCCGGGGGUCGAAGGAACGACAAGGGGCCGUUGCUGAAGGAGGAGGACGCGGUGUGCAGGAGCAAAAGCUGUAUAGAAACCGCAAAUGCCUUACUCGAGUCCAUGAACACUUCGGUGGAUCCUUGUCAGGACUUUUACUCGUACGCUUGUGGUGGAUGGAUUCAGAAAAAUCCAAUCCCACCUUCCGUCUCGAAAUGGAGUCCGUUUGGGCAGCUGGAUUUGGAGACAAAUAAACUCCUUCAAGACAUUUUAAGGGAACCAGCCAAACCGGACGAUCCAUUUCAGCUAAAUCAAGCCAAAGACUUUUUCAAAGCGUGUAUUUCAACAGGAGAACUGGAGAAAGUGGGGCUGAAGCCGGUGUUUCAGAUGCUCCAGUUGUACGGGGGUUGGCCCAUACUUUCACCUCCAGGAACUUGGAACGCCACCAACUUCAACUGGUGGCGUUCCAUGGCAGAUCUCAAACGCAUGUUUGGCACGUCUUCAAUAUUCGACAUUGUUGUAAACCAACACUUGUCCAACCCGAAUUUCAGCACUGUGCACCUACAGCAGCCCAGUUUGUUCCUCUCGCGACCAUAUUACAUCAACAAGAACAACUUCCCAUCGUAUCUCACCGCCUUCAAGGAGUUGAUUGUGAACAUUGUGAAAGAGCUCAAAAGCUCUCCGGCAAUAUCAUCAUUUCCCAAUUUAUCGGGUCCAUUGAAUCUCAAGUACAUUGAGGCCAAAGCUGCGGAAAUCGUGGCUUUCGAAGAAGAAAUCGCAAAGUUGUCGAGAGACGGUGUUGAGACGCAGUACGGCCUUCGCAACUUCACUGCCACACUCACCCUAAACUACCUCCAGGCAAUUUUCAACAAUUACACCACGCCAAAUUCUACCAACAAGUUGGAACUAAAGAAGCUGCUUGACUUCACCUUCCGAACUGCUGGGACCACAAUCUCAGAAACUCAGUUGGUCUCGAUGUCAGACACGAACUACAUGGGAAACAUGUUCGAACUCUUGUCGACCACUCCGGUCGAGGUAUUAGCGAAUUACCUCCAUUUCCGCAUGCUGAGUUGGGUCGUGAGUGGGACGACGGCUGCAAUGCGAGGUCACAUCCACAAGUACCAACGCGUCGUCUACGGCAUCACGGAACCAUCUCCGAGAGAUUACGUGUGUGCAUCCUCCACGGAAGAGAAAUUCGGUCUCGCUCUUACUCAACCGUACCUGAACAGGGUGAAAAUUGGGAAUGACGUUGUCGAGAAGGCGGCCGAUAUGAUGGAGCAAGUUCGCAAGUCGUUUAUUCAGUUGUUGGAUUCUGCCAAGUGGAUGAAUUCUAGUCUGAAAGGGUCACUGAGAAAAAAGGCUCGCACUAUCACGCCCUGUAUCGGAUUUGCUCCCUGGAUGUCUCCAAAUGGAAGCGAGUUUGACAGGCACACUUUCCAGGAGCAUCUCAACAACCAUUUUGCAGGGUUAAAUAUCGGGAAUGGAGGAUACCUCCAGAAGUUAUGGAACGUGCGAGCCUGGUUAACAGAUCAAAAGUUGAAGCUGCUCAAGGAGAGAUUCGUUCCAGGAUGCAAGUGGACAACAUUUCCUGGUCAGAUUGGAGCAUUUUACGACAUUCGACGACAAGCCGUCAAUGUUCCUCUCGGAUUGUUACAAGCUCCAUUUUUCUACGACGGAGUACCAAUAGCUGUGAAUUAUGGAGGCCUUGGCUCAAUCCUGGGGCAUGAAUUCACUCAUGGAUUCACAGUCUAUGGUUGGACUGAGACUACGUCGGGCAAGUUCAGUCCCAUAAGUCAGUGCUUGAUUGACCAGUACAAUCGAUUCAAGGUGCCAGAGGCGAACUUGCACAUUCAUGGAGCUUUGACCCUCGACGAAAACUUUCCAGACAACGGUGGACUGCUCGAGGCUUACAAAACCUUUAAAACUUUUGCUCCCAAGACUCCGCAAAAACUUCCUGGAAUGACAAAGUUUUCUCAGGAGCAACUCUUUUUCAUUGGAUUUGCAAAUAUUUGGUGCUCCUCGAGCAGAGACGAGGGAUUGAUCGACCAAAUUUUGUCGGAUCAUCACACCCCCAACAAGUAUAGAGUUUUGGGCUCUGUAACAAACUCCCAAGAGUUUGUUGAUGCAUGGAACUGUCCGGUUGGGUCACCCAUGAAUCCACAAAAGUACAAAAAAUGUAGCGCGUUUAAUUGAUUAUUUCACAAGUAGGAUUACUAUGUCAGUCACUAAUUGAAUAAAUAAAUGUCGAAAAGAAUGCUGCUGCCAGCC